AUGUCCGGCGUGGUGCGGACCCUCAGCCGCUGCCUGCUGCCGGCCGAGGCCGGCGGGGCCCGCGAGCGCAGGGCGGGCGGCGGCGGGGCCCGCGACGCGGAGCGCGAGGCGCGGCGGCGCAGCCGGGACAUCGACGCGGGGCUGGCCCGCGAGCGGCGCGCCGUGCGGCGCCUCGUCAAGAUCCUGCUGCUGGGCGCGGGCGAGAGCGGCAAGUCCACCUUCCUCAAGCAGAUGCGCAUCAUCCACGGCCGCGAGUUCGACCAGAAGGCGCUGCUCGAGUUCCGCGACACCAUCUUCGACAACAUCCUCAAGGGCUCGAGGGUUCUGGUCGAUGCACGAGACAAGCUCGGUAUCCCCUGGCAGUACUCUGAAAAUGAGAAGCACGGGAUGUUCCUCAUGGCUUUCGAGAACAAGGCAGGGCUGCCCGUGGACCCCGCCACCUUCCAGCUGUACGUGCCCGCCCUGAGCGCGCUCUGGGGGGACUCCGGCAUCAGGGAGGCGUUCAGCCGCAGGAGCGAGUUCCAGCUGGGUGAAUCGGUGAAGUACUUCCUGGAUAACUUGGACCGGAUUGGCCAGCUGAACUACUUCCCGAGCAAGCAGGACAUCCUGCUGGCAAGGAAGGCCACCAAGGGCAUCGUGGAACACGACUUUGUCAUCAAGAAGAUCCCCUUCAAAAUGGUGGACGUGGGUGGCCAGCGGUCCCAGCGCCAGAAGUGGUUCCAGUGCUUCGACGGGAUCACGUCCAUCCUGUUCAUGGUCUCGUCCAGCGAGUAUGACCAGGUGCUCAUGGAGGACAGGCGCACCAACCGCCUGGUGGAGUCCAUGAACAUCUUCGAGACCAUUGUCAACAACAAGCUCUUCUUCAACGUCUCCAUCAUCCUGUUCCUCAACAAGACGGACCUGCUGGUGGAGAAGGUGAAGACUGUCAGCAUCAAGAAGCACUUCCCGGACUUCAGGGGCGACCCGCACAGGCUGGAGGACGUGCAGCGCUUCCUGGUCCAGUGUUUCGACCGGAAGCGGCGGAACCGCAGCAAGCCCCUGUUCCACCACUUCACUACCGCCAUCGACACCGAGAACAUCCGCUUCGUGUUCCACGCCGUGAAGGACACCAUCCUGCAGGAGAACCUGAAGGACAUCAUGCUGCAGUGACGGGCCGCCCUCGCCCCGCCGGCCCUCCCUGGCCCCACCGGCCGCGGGCCGGCCUGCCCGCCUGCGCGAGGUCCCGACCCCGAGCCCUGGACACCGGGCUCGGGGUGCGAGGCCCACGCUCGGCCGCAGGAGGGGGCGCGUGGACGCAGCUACUGAACCCUGGGGACUCGUGAAACUACUGAAAGUCCAGCGGUCACUGUGACGUUGCCGUGUGACGCCUGAACACAGCUUUCUCUUCUCACAGAAGCCGCUCCUUUUCUGACACAGUUUAAUCGGGGACUGCGUGUCUGCACACAUGCUCUGUUUUAGUGACCGAGACGCAAACAGCGGCGUCUCUUCUCUCCAACUAGUGAGUGCUUGGUGGGGCAUUGCCUGGCGGGGUCCUAGGAGUUUGGAGGAGGGGGAGUGCGGGCUGAGCUCCGGGGGGCCCACCACCACCUCCCCGAGGGGGCGCGUUGCCUUUUCAGUCUCUGGUGCCAAUUUUCUGAGAGGCCCCGGCCGUUAGGUUAGAGGUGGGGAGUGAGAGCCCGCAGGGGCCUUGCCUUAACGCCCCCACACCUGUGCCUUCCUCCUGCCUGUCCUAUCGGCCAUGGCCCGCGGGGGAGGUGUGGGCCGGGUGCUGCCUUGAAUCCCCCCUCCUCUUCGCAUGGGGUGGGGGGUGGUGCCUGCUUGCCCUGUGCCCACCCCUGCCCCUCCGCAGAGCCCUCACACCAGCUGGUCUUGCGGACUGCCCUCCAUCUCCCAGUCGUCUCACACGUGUGGUCGGCUCGGGGAGCCCGCCUUCUCUGCGGGAAGCCGCGUGCCCCCUCCUCUCGGGGCCCCCUGAGAGCUGGCGGCGGGGCCCGCAGCGCCUCCCUUAACACCCCAGGCUCCGCUGCCUCCCUAGAUGGCAGGUUCUCAUCACGGUCCCUCGCUUCCACUAACACACACACACUUAUCGGAAACACUGUUGGCCGAGGCCGCCUCUGGGGGCUGCUGCGGAGGCUGAAGUGGCGCCGUGUGCCGUGAGCCUGACCCUCGGGGAACGUGUCUGGCUGCCCUGCCCAGGUGUCUCUCACUGUGUUUAAAAAUACAUUGCAUUCCAAACCAGUCCCCGCCACAUAUGACUCUGCUCAACAGUGUCCGGCGUGCUGAGGCCUUGUCCAGCAUUUAAACAAGGAAAAGGCUUCCUCCACCAGCGGCCCAGCCUGUGCCUGUGGCUGAGGGCCGCGCUGCUCCCAGCCUGCGUCCCAGUGGGGGUCCUGCUCCCCUUCACCAGCAGAUAAACUGAUCCAGCUCAUGGCAGAUGCUGGCCCAGAAGGAAAGGGAGGGGCAGACAUGCUUCUGAGUCAUCCUUGUUAUCCAGCAUUUAAUGAGGAGACAGCGUGAAAUCCUGUUUCUCUCUGGGCCCUCAAGAUUUCCUGUCCAUGUUUGCUGGGUUUGGGCUCUUUUUGGCUGGAGAAAAGUUGCUGUUUUUGUACUGCUUCCUGUGGCUCUUUGUAAACCGAAAGGACGUGCCCGGGAUCAGGGCCAGUGACCGAGGUUUAAAGGAGAAAGAACCCUCUGGAUGGACUGUGUCCGGGCAUCCUGAGACCCCACCGUCCUCGGGGCUCAGGCGCCCCUCGCCCACAGGUUCCCAUCGCACAUGUGUGUGCAGAUCCACGCUCUUCUGCCAACCUGGAAACCACCCCUUGAGCUGGCAGAGGCGGCGGCCCCGAGGUGGGUGUGGCCAGCUUUUGAAUGGCUUGCUGGCAAGUUGGCAUCCACCUGGUCAGGGAGCGCGGUUUGUCCUUCAGACGGUCAGUCGUGGCUGCCGGCUCACCCUCAGAUCCGGGAGCGAGCUCACAUUGAGGGGCCGUGACUGUGCUGAUGUAUCCUGGGAGGCAGGGCACGGCCUGGCCCAGACCUGACCCACUUCCUUCCCUUCGGCCAGGAGCAGUCCUCGUGCUGAGCUGAGCGGGCGUGAGCGCACUCAGCCCUCCGUUCCAGGAUCUGUGCUCGUCAGAAACAGGGACGGCUCCGCAGGCACCCCUGAAACCAUCCGCAGCCUUUCCACACAUAGUCAGGGUCACUUCUCUCCCAGCCGUAGGCCUUGGCAUUGUUUUAGUCUCACCGUCACCGCGAUUUGCUCUUCUAUGUUCAGAUGUUGGAGCAGGAGAUGGUCCGCCUCAUCGGUCAGUGCAAAGGUGCGACAAUGAACCUCCUCGAACGAAGACUUCCUCCUCCUCCUCGUCGUCACUCGGUUCACGCCUGAGGAC